AGUUUGACUCCCGCCCUGACCCUUCGAAUCUCUAUCCCGACCCCAAACGUCCGUCAAAAUGGGCGACCCAUACUCCUCCUCCUCCUCCUCCUCCUCGCAACCCCCACCAGCGCAGCAGCAACAGCAGUAUGACUACAACUACAACUACAACUACCCCUCCGCUUACCAUGACCAGCACCCCCCGAACUACCAGCAACAGCAGCACUACGGCUACCCCUCGCAAUGCGACGUAACCCAGAUCCCCCGCUCUCAUCCAGACGAAGCUGGCGGAGGAGUCCCCCCGGCCCCAGACCAACAGCAACAGCCUCCGCCGCAAUACUACGACUACGACUACGACCACAACCGUCUGGGUCCGCAAUAUGAGCCUCCUCCCCCGCCUCCACCUCCGCCGCACGGGAUAGUAAGACAGGGAAGUAACGCGGAAUAUUACAACCCAUCCCAACACGACCUCGCCCAGCCCCAGCCAGACGACCACGAGGGUGCCGACAACCCCGAAUCCUCCGACCGCGGCCUCGGCGGGGCCAUCCUCGGCGGCACGACGGGGUUCUACCUGGGCCAUAAGAAGAGUCAUGGGCUGCUUGGGGCGGUGGGUGGGGCGAUUCUGGGGAGUUUGAUGGAAAAUAAAUUGAAGGAGGCGAGGGGGAAGGAGGAUCAUGAUGGAAGUAUUUACGGUGGUGGUGGUGGUGGUGGGGGGGGGAGUGCCUACGGUGGGGGUGGUGCGGGGGGCAGUCAUUAUAGUGGGAGUGACGAUGAGCGGGGGAUCAUCACCGGCAUGGGCAUGGGCAUGGGCAUGGACAUGGGCAUCAUCACCACCAUCACCACCAUCGGCAUCAUCGGCAUAGGCAUCAUCGGAGAACACUGGCAGAUGCUGAAGGAGAAUGACGACACUGCCGAGUGGGAUAUCACCAUUGUUGCGGCCGGUGCCUUGCAGCAGUUUAGCGCCACUUGGACCCUGGUUCGGUGGCUGGAUCGGAAUCUGGGGGAGCCUCAUCUCAAGACCAGAUCUGUCAAAGAUAAGUCCAACGUCGAGAUCGGGACUAUCGAUUCUGUGGAAAACAGACAGUAA